AUGGCCCAUCUUGUCGUCGAUCAAACCGCCUCGGAUGGUGACGGCGACACGGAGGUUGACAGGUUCAGCAGCCUUGCCCACCAUCGGGCCCGUGAGCGGUACUUAGCCCAUCAUGGCGGUUGGUUCCCGUCGAUUAAAAACAAUAAUAAUAAUCACACGCGGAGUGAUGGUGGUCGACACGCGGUUGUGGUCGUUGUUGAAAAGUUCGGGAUGCGUCACGGUACCAAAACGUCUGAUUCGUUCAGCGAUCUCGGAAAAUGUGAAAGACGGCCGAUGUUGUCUUGUCGCUGGUCGUGGCCGUUGAUGUUGACGUGGUGGGGAAGGUCAGUGUCGCAUUAUAGGGACGUUUACAAUAAUAAUUGGGAAAACAGACUGCUUUGUCGGUGCGUAUCGACGGACGCGACAGCUGCGACCGGCGGUGACGACCGGCAACGGCAGCGGCCUGUUGGCGGGCGGACACUGCGGGUUGUGGGGGCCGGGGUCAGGUAUUAUGUAACAUUGUGGUCAUUUAUGCAUUGGCGCGCGAUAAAUAUAAUAAUAUCACAAUGUAAUCAUAAGUAA